AUCUCUGUCUCGGAUAUGUUCUUGCAUGGAAGAUUCAUGAAAUUUUCUGUUAUUUCCCUAAUAAAUUUGUCGCCACUUCGAUCUUCGUGUCUUAAAUAUCUUCCCGGACGCAAAUUUCAUCAAAUUUCUUGUUUCUUUGUUCAAUCUCCGCCCCCUUUUUUUUAUGGUUCGUUCUCUUGCCGUCAGUCUGAUCGCUGUGUCUCUGGUAUGUUACGGAAGAUUCAUGGCAAGGAAAAUUCUAAAUAAUUUCUCCACUUUGUUUUCUGUUCGUUCUCUUGCCGCCAUUUCGAUCUCCGUCUCUUUAACGGAAGUUUCACGAAAUUUCUUGUUUCUUUUAUAAACAAUCUUUCCCCUUUUCCAUCGGUUCGUUCUCUUGCCGUCCGUUCGAUCACGGUGCCUCGGAUAUGCUCACUCAUAUAGUGGUUUUCAGGACCAAAACUUUGGGCCUGAUCGUGAUCUUGUUGUCCUUCUUGGUUUAUUAUGUUUAGUUAUCUUCUAUCUUUCAUCUUCAUGUGGUUUUGCUUCGAAAAGAUGAAAUCUUGGUGGAAACGAUUGUCUCGCAGGAACUGUUUGAAAGAUUGAUGUCUGGAUACCGUCCUUAUUGUUUGCUUUCUCUGCUGCGGCCAUUGGUUUUCUCUUCCUAUCUCGAUGUGUAAAUCUGAUUAGAAUAAAGAAGAUGAUGUUUUGGUGAAAGUAGCUUCUAGGACUUGCUUAAUUAUCGUAAAAGCAGGGGUUUGAAUUUGCUUUUGUUCUUUCAUUUGGAUCUUGGGCUUGCAAGUUUUAUGGUUGUUGAUGUAAUGAUGUCCCUGUAAGUAAGUAAUCUGAUGGAGUAGAGUUCUUUCAUACGUACCAAAUUUCUUAUCGCUGGUGCUAACUGUCAUCUGACUCAAAAAAUUGAUUUGGGCUAAUGGCUUACCGAACACCUGUUGCCAUUCAAAAUGAGAAUUUUCAUAUCCAUAUAGGCAAAGAUGUCGAUAAGGUGAAAGGUGUCCUGCCAAAGCCAGCAAAAUCUGGUCGUCCAGAUCGAAAGGCCUUGAAGGAUCUUUCAAAUACUGGCAAACCUCCAGCUUCUCGUCCGGUUAAGGUGUUGGCCCUGAAAGAAAAGUCUGCACCACGUGGUCGGGAGACCAUCAAGAAUGCCCCAAAGAGCACUUCCCUCACUGAUGAGGAAAUAAAGAGAUGCCAUCAGUGGGCAAAGGAGGGAAUUGAACAGGCACACUUUACUGGAAACGAUAUACAAAGGCUGGAGAAGGAUAUUAAUGAAGAACGUAUAAACAAGAAGGUUCUGAAGGUCGUGUCUGACUUGCAUGAAUGGUUAAGCACUUCAUAUGAUCUUGGAUUGCCAGAGAAGGAGCUUUCCAAGGACAUCACAGAUGUAAAGACUAUGGAGUUAGAAACCGAGCUGCUUCCUUGCAUUACCAAAUCUCCAUCUCCAGGUCUCUUUCCUUUUCUCCCUUCCUAUCCAGUGAUGCACAUACGUUAUGAAGAAGUUGGCAAUCUCCUUGAGUCGGAAGUGGAUCAUCUCCAGUUUCUAGAACGGCCAAUUGAGCUUGAACUGAAAGAGGAGGACUAAAGUUCUGAUGAAUCAUUGACGUCGCUUGUUGUAUAUACUAUCAAAAUUAGAUGAUGCAUUGUUUGUGCCCCCAUGCAUCAUCGAUUAUGAGGGUUAUGUUCCACUGAGAGUGCUUGAACUAUUUCAGCCUCGUAAUUGAUCAUUUUCUCC